AUGACUUCCAAAAUCAAACCAUCGACAACAAAUGAUUUUUAUUAUGCAUGUCGUAAUGGAGAUAUAGAUAAAGUUCGUGAAAAAUUACCAACUAUGACUUUAGAUGAAAUCGAUCAGAUUCAAGCCAAUGGUUCUACUGCAUUGCAUGCUGCAUCUUAUUAUGGUCAUACGGAAAUAGUUAAAUUACUAUUAGAGAAAGGUGCUAGUCGUUCAAUAUCAAAUGAACAUAAAUGUUUACCGUAUGAUGAAACCGAAAAGGAUGAAAUUAAAAAAUUAUUUUUACGUCAAUCAGCUAAUCGUUUUUCGGAUGAUGGAUCUGGUCAUAUUGAUUGGAUGAAAUGUGAUGCAGAAGUAGAAGCUCUUGCAAGUAACUAUCGAUUUCGUCAUAGUGGAUUUGGAUGGCAAAGUAAAAAUAUCAAUUAUCGUUUAAAAUAUAUUAAAAGCGAAAUGUCUCAUACAGAGAAAGAUCGUAUCAAAGUAUUUAUAGAGACAGCAGAAAAAGAUCCAUUUUAUCUUCUUAAAGCUUAUACUGUUGAAUCAGACUUUUAUAUUAAAUUAAAUAAAGAUUUAGCAACAAAACAUUUUGAUCAAGGUACAAAUUUUGGUAUAACAUUUUUUAUUGAUUUCUUCUAUAAUAAUCCAGCAUUUAAUAGUUUAUCAUAUAUCGGAAAAGUUUACCGUGGUAUGACAAUGACUUGUGAUGAUCUGCAACAGUAUGCGGUUGGAGGAAAAGUUAUGAAUAAAGCAUUUAUGUCAACGACUAAAGAUCGAAACGUUGCUAAACAAUUUGCAAAAAACAAUUUAACUCAUCGUGAAAAACAACAUGGUGAAAUUGUUAAAUUAUCGACUCUUUGUACAUAUGAAAUUAUUAAUGCUCGAACGGCAUUAAAUAUUGAAAGCAUAUCUGAAUACCGAGAUGAAAAAGAAGUAUUAGUAGGUCCAUAUUCAGCUUUUAUAAUAUUAAAGGUACAUAAAGUUACUUCAAAUUAUGUUGAAAUUGAUCUUCGAGAAUGUGAAAAAUUAAGUUGCCAAGAUAGAGAUGAAAAUGAUGAUUUUGAUGAUGAUUAG